AUGUCGCUAACGAGCGUGAAAAUGUCGGAAGAAGUGUGGUUAAGUUGCCUCACUCAUGCAUUGUCCACUGAAACCGAAGAGAUUAUGGGUCUUCUUUUUGGGGACAUUCAGAAGAGGUCUGAUCGGCGAAAGGAUCGAGUGGAAACCGACCCUGAGCUCUUGGCCGCUGCAAUUGCCCUCGCUGAGCGAAUGACCAUAGCCACUGGAACUACGACAAGGGUAAUUGGUUGGUACCAUUCACACCCGCACAUUACAGUUCUCCCUUCCCAUGUUGAUGUAAAAACCCAGGCAACGUACCAGCUUCUUGACUCUGGAUUUAUUGGCUUGAUUUUUUCUUGUUUCAGUGAAGAUGUAAACAAGGUUGGAAGAAUUCAAGUAAUUGCUUUCCAGUCAUAUGAUGGGAGGCAGAAUCAGUUAUCAGGACCUAUACCUUUAUCUCUUGUAAAUAGAAGCCCUAUUAUCGAUAUCGAUUCAUCGCCAAGUUCUUCAGAGAAUUUAUCAAUAAGACAUGGUUACUUCAAGGCAGAGAGCUCUUUGUAG